CCACAGUAGCAUGGUGACCAGGAGCCUGGGGCACCUUUCCACUCCCGAAAGAUUGUAAUGGCUCAGACUAAAAAAUUUGAAAAUUUAGAAGCAGAAGUACUAAUAAAAAAUUAGGUAUUAAUAAGUGUAAAGACCACUUUGGGACUUUGGCAAUUAACAAGUAAUAUAUAGACUUUUUCUUUGCUUGCAAAAUGACAAGGAACAAACUUGUUGCUCAAACAAAUUAAGACAUGUUUAACAUAUAGUUUUGUUUUCUUGAUGAUUAUUGAUUCUUGGAGGGUACUCAGUGCAGAUGUUUAUUUAAAACUUCUUGCCUGCCAAGAAACUAGUAAUGGAGGGUAAAGAAAAGAAGAAGAGCAAAAGAGAAGGAGCAGCCGAUAAUCUGGAGUUAUGGCCGGAUCUUCCCCAACAACUCAUCUACCUAAUAGCAAAAAAUCCAUCUCUAAUGGCACAUAUUUGUUCUAAAGUGACAAAGUCAUGGAGAGCAGAAGCAAGCAAGUGCAGAUCAAUCCCUGCAACACAUCUUGCACGUGACAUUUUAUUAUAUAUUUUUCGAUAUGGAAGUGAUUAUAAGCAGUCUCACAUCUUUAACUUGCCAACUAGAAGGGGCUUCAUCUGGUACCAAAAGAGACGUAAGCCUCCGCCUCUAGCGUACCAUUUUAUAGGAUGCACACAUGGUGUGUUAGUAGAGAAAGGUUACACCUUGUGGGAUCCAGUGAUGGAAGGACACUGGUGCAUCCCAUCAUGGGAUGCUAGGUUUCCAUUUUUAUGUGCUGCUUCGUCCUCGCGGCUGCAAGAACAUUAUUUUUGGGUUCUAAUUGUUGUAUGUCUGUCUCCCCAAGCAGAGUUGGAUGCAGGGGAAAUUGUGUUUAUUUUAGUCGUGGAAGUAUUCAUGGUUGGUGGGUUUAUGAAAUGGAUACAUGCACCAUGUCUAACAUUAAACAUAUCUCAUAUUUGGGUGAACCAACAGUAGAGGAAUAAGUUGUGUUAGAAAAUACUAAAGUUGUAUUAUGAGGUUAAUUAGUGAUGUAUUUUGUAUGAAUUGAAAUCAAAAUGUUCUGACUUUGACA